AUGAAAGCAGGACUUCUCAGUCUUGUGAUUUGUACUUCAUUUGGAUAUUUCUCAUGUUGGUAUUGUGACUAUAAUUUCAUGGAUGGUAUGUAUUAUGUUUCCCUUCUCCAUUUGGUGGCUACGGCUACUCUUCUACCCUUUCUUCUUGAAUAUUCAUACAUGUGCAAAUUUACUCGGAACAUUUAUUGCGAUCAGAAUUUCAUGUUGCUCACAGGAGUUCUCGCCGGCUGUGGACGAGCAGUUUAUACAAACAAUAUCGCAGAGAUGUAUCAUGGAGCCUAUCUAUAUUUCAUCGGGAUGUUUGUGAUUGACAGUUAUUUCCUUUUUGGUAAUCCAACCCAAGUGUUUUUCUUGCGAGGCCUCGUUGGAAAGUAUGUGAUUUGCCGAAUCGGGCUCGAAGUUCGACAAGGCUAUUUAAAAUCACUUCUUAGCGGGGAUAAAAUGAACCUGGAACUCAUUAAAUCUCAAAGAGUUCUCAAUGGAAAAGCCCGAAAACGUCUCAAGACUAUCAAACUGUAA